CAGUGUGUCUGGUCGGAGUAAAGGUCACGUGGAUGCGGCACGGGGAUCACCGCCAGUGGACCGAGUACCUUGAGCUGCUUAUCAUCCAGGCGUGGCGAGCGGGAGUGGAGGGCGAUCUGCUCAGAUUCCUUUUCAGAUCGGCGCGGCCCGAUCAUCGCCAACUGAUCGUGAAGGAGCUAACGGUCCCCCUUGCACAGCUGGCCGACGAUCUCCCACUUGAGAUCGUCUCACAAAGUGACGACAACCCAGUUCCGCACGUUCUCACACGGACCUUGGCGCCAUAUCUUCAAUGGUCGGCGUGCUUGGAGGAACCGGGAAGCGGCCGCAACCCAUCGUCACGGCGAGGUUAUCUGGACCCGCACGAAAUAGUCGAUCUCGCCUUCUUUCAAGAUCGAACGGCCUCCGAGAACGAGGAGGAAGAGAUUGAAGCAGAAGAAGAAAGCUCGGAAGAAGAAGAAGCCGAAGAAGAGGCCGACGAGGAAGAAACUCCCGAAGAGGGGAGUUACAGUGAGCACAGCGAAGGUGAGCAAAGUGAGGAGGAGGAGGAGGAAGAAGAACAAGACGAUGAGGAGGAAGAAGAAGGAGACCAGGAGGAGUUAGAGGAGUCCGAGUGGGAAGGAAUUGAGGAGGAAGUGCGCGACGAGGCUCGGGCGCAGGCCCAGGCGCAGAAGAAGGAAGAGAUCGCGGUCGGGAAGCGACAGUUGGAAUUCGCCAGCACAGCCGGCCAGCCGCUUACCGACGAUCCGGCCCGGGAUCCAGAGCUUCCUAAGCCCGAGGAUGGAGAGAUAGCUGCCGAGACUUCGGCCGCACCGGCAAAACGGCGACGAAGCCGAUCCCCCUCCCCCUUCGCCACCGACCGCCCACCAACUCGUCCACGUACCGAUGCGGGACAUCGGACUUCGUCCCCGGUCGUUAUUCCGCCGUCCCCUUGACCACCUCUCUUUCCGCCAGAUUACCACUCGCGUCACCUUCCCCAACA